AUGUCAUACAAUGGAAUAGGCUUACCGACAGCACGAGGGUCAGGCACUUCAGGGUAUGUGCAAAAGAAUUUGGCCAGCAAUAAGAAACGCCUGGGAUAUUAUGAAUCCCGCCAAAGCCAAUUAAACAAAACAAAGCAAGAAUCAAAGGGGAAAUUGAUCAUCGAGCAGAUAAAUCGUCAGCAAGCAAAACAGGAAAUUCUCAGGCAUGACGAUUUACGAAGUAUCGAAGUGAAAUGCAGUGAAUUGAGAGAUAAACUAGAAGACGAAGAUAUGGAUGAAGAUGAAAUUGAUAAAAGAGUAGAAGCAUUGCGAGAAAAGCUAACGAAUGAUUCUGCCAAGGAAUCAGAAAUCGGAAAAUUUGAAGAUAAGAGUAUAAACAAAGAUAAAAGGGAAUCUACGGAGUAUAUACCGAGAUAUCCCAAGGAUAGACCACGGGUCAGGGAUGAAACCAAGUGA